UUCCAUAGUGAUGUCUACACGUGUAUGUACUCUUACCUUAGGUACAAGAUAGGAGGAACAUCGAAGCUCUCAUACAUCUGACAAUGCUGGCUUAGGGAUUUACCAGACUGCGUCGUAGUGGCCACUAUCAUUACCAUUGAUAUUACCAUUGAUAUUACCACUACCUUGGUACCAACGCCGAAUUCAACACCUCACUUCUCUUCUAUGGCAUAUACUUUUAUUUCACCUACGAUUUCAACACCCUAAGGAUUACAUUCAAGCAUUACCUACUAGGUACUUUUAACUAGAAGAAAGAGAAAGAAAAAAAGAAAACGAACCGGUGGCGUAACAUCAAACCUCUCAAGCCGUUGAAGAUGUCGCUUGAAGGUUACGUUUUUGAAAACGACGAGUGGGUGUCACGGACAAUCUCUGCUGAUGAGCUUCUGAGAGCUAGUAACCCAUCUAAGCAGAGGACGGAACGUACGCCACUUACAAAACCACCAACAUGUGGCCUGCUUGCGAGAACCAUAGUCGAUAGUCCUAUCAUUAGAUGGGUGUUACCAGUACAGCUUCGAUCUGCACGUUAUAACGAUGUUGCCUUGAUUGGUGAUCACUCUGUCCAAAUAUGCGAGCUUGCAGGUGGCCGUGAUAGACAGCUUCAUGAUAUAGUCAGAAAGCAAGACUUUGGGUCUAGAAUACGAAAUGCUGUCGUCAUGGGCUCCCCUCAAUAUCCCCGACGGGCUAGUCAGACUACCGGAUAUUACUCUUCAGUCAAAUCUGAAGAUAGUGAUGCGGAAAUGAUUGACUUGGGUACCACGGCCCCUGGCUCCCAGAAGGUAAACUCACUACUCCCUCCCCAAUUGUUGGUUUUGGUCCUUGAGCGAGGUGACUUGGUGUUUUUAUUUCUGCAGCAAGGGCCGGGUCGCACUUGGGAAUUUGUUUCUUCGAUCCACCAGCUGUCUGAACAACAACUUGUUCGCCCUGGGUUCCAUAUGGCGAUCGACCCGUCCUCUCAGUUUCUAGCUCUAGCAUGCUCUGAACACAUCUUCAUCGUGCUCCAACUUCAGUCGAUGGAAACGUUACGAACUCUAUACUCCAAAGGCCAUCCUCUGAACCCAAUCAAAGAUAAAUUCACUCAAGCUGCAAUGGGUAUCAUUCACAAAAUCGAGUUUCUCCAUCCUACCCAUGGAAACGAGAUACAAGUGAUCUUAAUGAUCAUUAUUGUCCACCCUAAAAUCUCCAGGAUGGCGAUAUAUGAAUGGGACAGCAGGUUCGGUAUAGAAGAUACAUUCACCGAAGAGAAACUAGGCUACAAGCUCAAAGAUGAGUAUCGUAUGCCUUUAUUAGUCGUCCCUCUUAAGGUCAAGAACGCCUUCCUAGUAAUCACUGAGCGAAUUACGGCGAUAUGCUCAGAUAUACUAGGCGGUGGCCCUUCAUUUGUCGAAUUUGAGUUGGUGAACAGGGGCGACACUGAAUUGCACCAUGGCACUCGUGAGCCGCUUUGGACAGCUUGGACCAGACCUAUAAGACACCCUCCAUACCAUGAUCGGAAAGAUGUUAUCUAUUUGGCAAGAGAAGAUGGCCUCAUUAAUUUUCUCGAGUACGGCGAUGAAUCCGAGAUCGAAACGAGUGUCAGUAUGGGCUCCGUGGACUGCAAUAUCGAUACAGCCUUUACAUGUCUUUUCCAUCUUUUUGGCGACGUUUUAGUCACUGGCGGAGAUUCUGGCCCUGGUGCUGUUUGGAAUGUUGAAGCAAGACAGUCUCCCCAGAGAAUUGGCUCCAUCCCCAACUGGUCUCCAACAGUGGAUUUCGCUGUGACUAAUGACUUGGCUAAUGGAAUCGUUGAAGGGCACGGUGAUAGCUCUGGCACCGCACAUCAAGUAAGCAACGGGAAUAUCAUUCCCUUGCGACAAGACAAGAUAUUCGCAUGCAGCGGUAGAGGAAUAACCGGAGCAAUUACGGAAUUUAGAUAUGGAAUCCAGGCUAGAAUUGGCCUAGAUCUUACAUAUUCCUCUUAUAUCAAGCAGUGCUGGUCCAUCCCCGACUUCAAUAAUAUUGCGCAAGAUGGCUUCUUGCUGCUGCUCGCUCUACCUAACGAAUCCACUGUCCUACAUCUAUCUCUGGAUCUAUCCGAGGCAUCAGAGAAGGACCAAAAUACUACUCCAUAUGAUCUCUCCUCAAGGACAUUAGCGGUUCAGAAGGCUAAUGGUUUGGUGGUGCAAAUCACCACGAAUUCUAUUACAGUCGUGAACUUGAAUAGCUAUUCUCGAAAUUCAACAAGCGAAUUUAUGCCACACUCUGACUCUGCCGUAGCAGAUGCAGCCAUUGGGAACGAUACAAUCGCCUUAGCAGUUUAUACCGGGCCCAAGUUUAGUAUCGUACUACUCAGCAUUGUCGGUCUUGAGCUUUCUGUGAAGCACACCUUUGAUGUUGAAGGCGAAGUAACUUGUCUAGCGGUAGAGACGGUCGCUAACAGUCUGGUUAUUCUGGCCGGCCUCUGGCAAGGGGGAGACCCAGCCCUGAUGAUACAUCCCACUGAGCAAGGACAGAAUUCUGUGGCGCCCAUGCAAUUCAUGCUACAAUCAGAUACGGGCCAUAGCACCGAAAAUACCGCUGCUAAUGACACCGCUCGUGCAUUAACUAGUAUUGUCUAUCUCGGAGAGAGAUCUGGAAAGGCGACCAUCGUAGGAGGGACCAGAGACGGCGACAUAAUCACCCUUGAACUCGAUCAAUCGCAGCCCGGAAGCCAUAGAAUAUACCGGGAUAGGUUUGGCAUGUCGCCAUCUUAUGUUUAUUCUGGAAAUGUCAUUGGAGACUCCAACUCAGUCUUUGUCUGCAGUGAUGCCGAACUUGCGAUAAUGUCUACCUAUGUGACAACCAAUCACGGUAACCAUUUCGAGGAAACAUACCGCGUUUGGCCGACUGAAGGGGAUAGACCUAGCAUGUCCUCUCCGUCGAUCAAUGCUAUAGCGACAUUGUCUGAACAAAUCCCCGAGUGUGGAGAACCGACAUUGAUAAUGAUUUCGGGACCACGAAUCAUGGUCACCGAGUUGCAACGCCGGCCAAAGCCGGUCCCGCGGUAUUUCCCCAUAGGAGGAUCUCCUGUCAAAAUCCUCUACCAUUCAAAACUAGAUGCUCUGGUUACCAUUGUUUCGAAAAAUGAGAUACCAUCUCUGCAUUUCAUUGAUCCCGCUACGGGAUGUGAUUUAUCUCAGCCGCUAGAGAGAAAAAAGCUUCCGAGCGGUUAUAGUUACUCCGAUGUUGACUAUAUUACAGGCCUAGGUAAUGAAGACUUCAGAGCUGUAUCUCUUACUACAUGGGCAUACAAAUCCGGUGGCAUUCACGGUGAUUGGAUUGUUCUUGCGCUACGCAAGGGAGCUCGUGCGAGUCUCCUCUUAAUCAUUUCAGCCGAGACCAAGACCAUAACAACCGAAACUGGCAUGUCUCGGCGAGUACGCUUCUGGACUAAAUUCGAGCGAAAGUUCCGAGAGGGCGCCAUAUCGUCGGUCGCAACGAACGAACAGGGUGUGUUCAUAUGUGCCGGAAACAACGUCCAGUAUCACGUCAUUGAGAAUGGUAAAUUCACAGUUGUGAAGCGCCACAAUUUACCAUCCCCGGCAUCUUGGAUGCAGGUGAUAGAUGGACGGCUCAACGUGCUUACCACCAAGCACUCACUUGUGGUUCUUGAUUAUGCAAGCGAGUCACUUUCUGACGGAAAGCAGAUGGUUCGAUUACACACGGAUGACACUUGUCGGAGUAGCUUACAUUCCAUCGAAAUUAGCACACCGUCAACCUCUAUGACCAUGCUAUCUGACCCGAUGUGUGGGAUUCAUGGCUUAUGGACCCCCUCCGAAUUUGAAAGACCACUGGCCCUCGUAUUCCAAGCGGAACUUCAAGCUUCCGUGAGGAAAUUUGCCCAGGGAUAUACUAGAACUUCAUGGGGAUUGUUUAAGAACCGCCCACGAUAUGGCUGUUUUCAAAGUGGAUUUCCCGGAUCUGAUAUUCUAGGACUUACUAUUGAUGGAUCAUUACAACACUUCUCGUUGCUGAGCGAGGAUGCUUGGCGAUUCCUGAGAUUCAUACAGAAUCUUGCGCUAACGUCGACCGAUAUAUGUCCGCAUGCUUCUUCCGAUCUGCAAAUCGACGAAUCUAGUUUAGAGCCGAAUAUGAACCCGAAGAUAAACCUACAGGUCGACGGGAAUAUACUGCAGCGCUGUCUUGACAGACAUGCGUUAGAAGGGUUAGCUUCGAAUCCAGAGCAUCUGCAGCGGAUUCGGGAACUUCUCAAACCCUUAGACGAGGACAAAUGCUUAUCCUCUUCGGAUGAUGAUAAGACAUACUUUGAAUUGGCUUACAAGAUUCUCAAAUACUAUCUAUUGCCAGUUCUUUGAUGGCGCCGGCUGUUGAAAACAAGGAAUAGAAGGGUUGGGAUAGAGCAAAUAUCUAAUACAACUAACUCUUUGACGAUGAGAUGAACUAAGAAAGAAGGGCAGGCAUUAUGACGUUUGAUUACUAGAAGCAAGGUGUUUUCCGUGGGUUAAGUGCUUUAGGAUAGACAUGAAAAAAAAACUAUUCUACGUUUGUAUCUGGGUUUUGGGGGUAAGCUGUGUGAUGAAUCUGUACGCUGAGGGUAAGUAAGAUUCCAACGAUGUUCACCGGUACAUAUGAACAAUGAGGGUUGACUUGUACACUACACUAAAUGCAAUUACGUUGAAGCCUCUGGAUGGUGACAGUUUUGAUUUUGAUGAAAAGAAAAUAGGGGUUAGGGGUUAAUGUACUUGUACCUAGGGCAGGCAGUGCCACGGCUCACUGUGCCAGCCUGCCAGGCACUUCAGUGUUAGUACCUAUCUUAUCGAUAAACAGUCAAGUGUCUUCGCUUAAUCUGACCUGUUAGCCAUCAAUGGUAGCACCCACC